CUUAAUACAGUUUAGUGUGAUGGGCAAUAUUUGCAAAAUUUAACAUAUCCUUGAUACAUUGAGAAUUCUGGAACUUCAUGGGGAUCCCAGAGUUGAUCGAGGGACAAGAUUUUAAUUAAUGGUGGCCAAAUUCCUAAAUAUACGCUGCAUAAUUUUCUGCAACAUCUAGUGUUUGAUUAACCUUAAAACUGAGGUUGAAGGUUCAAUGAAGAGAAUGAUGAUUGAUAGCACUGUCUCCAUUCAUCAGAGCCAACAAAAUACUUGUUAUUGUGCACCAAAAAUGAUAAUUAACAAGUCAUAAAAUGGGGGGUGGAUUUAUACAUUAAAGGCAAUAAGCACAAAACACAAUAUAACAAUAUUAUUUUCAAAUCACAGCAAACUUUUGAAUUGAGUUAUAAUUUCCAGUACAUGUAACAGGAAAUAAGCUGGAAUGAAAAAGGCUUGCUCAAGAACAAACAAUUACUCCGAACCCAGGUGUUCAAAGCAAAUCCAGCUGAUUUAUCAGUAGUGUCAGUUGGACUCUCUAGUAUGUACAUGACAGUUGUGCAACUGAGUACAGCAAUCUUGAUGGCAAAAGAGAUAUUGCUACCUGAUGAAAUAAGUUCAUUUAAUUAGUAAUACCAAAAUUUGGUUUGAGUGCUAAAUUCUCUGCAGAAAAUAUAUGAAUGAAGAUUAUUGUAAUCUCUGAAAAUAUGUUUUGGGACAAUCUUACACAAAUGUAACCCAUGCUUUGUUAAAACUGCCAGGUUUUUUCUUCUAACCCUAUGCACUUCAGGGAAUUAAAACAGGAAGUGGUCAGUUGCCAUAACUAAUUCAUAUUUUUAAAUAUGGAUCUUCCAAAAUACCAAUGGAUCAUCAUCUUGUUCGGCUUGUAAAGCUGUUUUUGUAUUACUAUAUUAGGAAAUAAUUUUAUAUUCUCAGAGGUGGAAUGAAGAGAAUAUUAAAAGAUGGCCUUUCCUUUUAGCAAUGAGUAGCACCUUUUUGUUAGCUUGUGAGUUGCCUUACAGAACUACCCCUUUCCUUCACAGGCCUGUGAAAUUUUGUGUCACAUUUUAUUUAAAUCAAGUUGUUCAAAGUUUACACUUCUGUAUUUUCCCACAGUGGAUAAAAUGUAAAAGUAUUUUCCUACCUACAUGCUCAAGUUUGAAUCCUGCCAGAGAUUUUUUUUAAUGAGAGAGAACCUUGAAUUAUGCUGGAAAUAGAAACCAAAGCUAAGCAUCCUUUGGGGAAUGCCUAGUUGCCCCAGAAUAACCUAACUAUGUGUAUACAUAAUGUGAUUCUCAUGCAGGAACACUAGGAAGGAAACACUGUUCAACUACUUCUGUGUGGCCCAGUGUUGUUUCACUGCAAUAAAACAUUUAUGAGUGUGCUGCAGGGCAGCAAGCAAACUUAAAGCCAGCUCAGUUCAUUGAUGAAUUGGCUUCCCAUUUUCUACUUUUUAUUGCUAGCUUCCUUCUCACCUUUAUGGUCUUCUUCCUCUGGUGUCUAUAAUCACUGUCCUUGUUUUGUGUUUUUCUCAGUCCCCCCCCCCCAAAAGUAACUGAAUACAGUACUACAAAAGUCAAAGAAAAAUAUGCUCAUUUGCACAGCUGUAAAAAUAAACCUCCUGAUUACAGCAUGUGUUUUUCUAGGUGUAGAGUUACUUGAACUGGAUAGCCAAAAUAUUUCUUGGCUUGCUUUGUCCAGGAUUGUUCGGAGGGUUUUUGAUUUUUGCUACUUGCAUGGACUAGUGCAUUGCACACUUUGGGAGCCUGCAGCUUAAAAAUAAGUCAGAAAAUUCUUGGACUAACAAUUUCUAUCCCUUCAUUGGAUGUCGGACAAGUGGUGGCAUCUGCAAAGCCAGAAAAGGAAAGGCUUGCCUUAUACAGACAGCUCUGUGCUAUGACACAAUGGCUCCGAUAUAAAGUGUUGCUUGACCUGAGCUUGGAAGGCAAAGGAACAAAGAAACAAGAAGUGACAGUUUUUGAGAACCGAAGAAGCAUUGAAGCCCCCAUAUGAUGGAUAAAUUUAAGGCUGCUCUGUUGCUGGCAGGGGUAGGAGACGCUCUGGGCUAUCGAAAUUUCACGCGGGAAAAUAAUGCAUUAGGUGCAAAGAUUCAAGGGGAACUGAAAGAAAUUGGAGGACUCGAGAACCUGGUCCUGUCAUCUGACAAAUGGCCAAUCAGUGAUAAUACUCUUAUGCACAUGGCUACAGCUGAGGCUCUCGUCACAGAUUACUGGUGUUUAGAAGACCUAUAUCGGGAACUUGUAAAACGUUAUGUGGAUGCUAUUGACAAACUUCCUGGGAGACGGUCAGAUCCUGCUACUAUCGAAGGCUGCUCCCAACUGAAGCCAGACAACUAUCUCCUGGCUUGGCACACACCAUUUAAUGAGAAAGGUUCAGGAUUUGGAGCAGCUACAAAGGCCAUGUGCUUAGGGAUGAAAUACUGGAAGCCUGACAGGCUGGAAACUCUCAUCGAAGUGAGCAUUGAAGUUGGACGAAUGACUCAUAACCACCCUACAGGGUUUUUAGGAUCACUGUGCACAGCUCUGUUUGUUUCAUAUGCAAUACAAGGAAAGCCACUGGUGCAGUGGGGAAGAGAAAUGAUGAAGGUUGUCCCAAUGGCUGAAGAAUACUGCAAGAAGACGAUUCGGCACAUGGCAGAAUAUCAGGAGCAUUGGUUUUACUUUGAAGCAAAAUGGCAAUUUUACUUGGAGGAGAGAGAAAUCAAUGAAGACAACCAGAAUAAACCCAACUUUCCUGACAAUUAUGAUGCUGAGGAAAGAGAAAAGACUUAUAGGAGAUGGAGUUCUGAAGGUCGUGGUGGAAGGAGAGGUCAUGAUGCUCCCAUGAUUGCAUAUGAUGCUCUCUUAGGAUGUGGUAGUGAUUGGACCGAGCUUUGCAACCGGGCAAUGUUCCAUGGCGGUGAGAGUGCAGCAACUGGAACUAUUGCUGGCUGUUUGUAUGGCUUGCUUUAUGGUCUCAGCAAGGUUCCUAAAGGCUUGUACCAGGAUUUUGAACAGAGGGAGAAGCUAGAAAACUUGGGAGAGGCUCUCUUCCGACUGUCUUCAGAGGAAAACAGAAGUAAAGGUACAAAGCUGGGCAGUGAUAAGGUGCUGGUUGACCCCAUAGUGCUGAAGAAGAAGCUCAGUAAGAUGUCCACAGAACUAGGUGCAUUUGCUGUCCUCAGCAGCCUUCUACUUUACCUCACAGACCUCCUAUCCAGCCAACCUCAGGUCGAGAGCAAGAAGGCCAAGUGGCUCGAAGGGAUUGAGAACAAGGUGAACUCGAGGCGCGAAUGCCAUAGUGCACAUGGCGGCAUUCGUCCCACCAAAUUCCAGCUUCUGCAAUCGAGGUUCAUGAACAACAACCGCGAGGCCUACAGGAAAAGGUCAAGAGAGGUUGGCAAGCUGGUCGUUAAAGAAAAGCAGAACAGAAACGGGCUAAACUCCAUUGUAAGCAAGCUGGACAAAAGCUCCUCAAAGGAAGGAGAAAGCCCAGAGAUAACACCCCACGAUAAAGUCAAAUGGGUCUGCUCAACUGGGAAAAAUACUGUGAAGAAUAUCCUGAAGAAAUUCUUAGUUGCUGAGGAAAAAGAAGCUAAAGAAAGAGAAAAGCAGGUGGCUCCAAAAAAGAAGACACCAAACGAUAACCUGCCCAAGAUAAUCAACAAAAACUCUGUCUUGUCCAAACUGAAAGAAAAGUUUGAACAAAGCAGUAAUAUCUGUUCAGCCAUUGAGGUGAAAUCUUUGCUGCCGUGCAAAGGCGAGAGAAAGAGCAAAAAGGGCCCAGAGAGAAAAAAGAUUUGCAAACCUGAAAUAAGAGUGCUUGAAAGGAAACUGAGGACAACCACAAUUGUCAAUAGCCCUCAGCCUCAACAGCUGGUAUGCACAACUGUCCCUACACCUAAAUUCCGUGUUGCUACUGAAAUUAGUCACCCUUGGAGUUGGGCUACAAAUGCCAAGUCUGCCACUAAGCCUUCUGAAGUGGGGAGGCCAAAAGACACCCAGAAAGCACCUGGCAUUGGGUCUCAUGACAGCAGGAUACCAGAAAGCAUGGCACAUAAAGGGCAACUAGGAGGACAGUUGCAAAACAAGCAUCAUGAAAUGCCUAAGGUAGUGGCUGACAAAAAGGACAUUGUCGAGAGUAAUGUAAUUCCUACAAGCCCAGGUUCUAAUCAAGACAGUGUUCUUCCUUCACGUGAAAAUAUGUCCCUUGUUGAUUGCAUUCCUCCUUUAUCUAAGGACAGCUUAGAUCACAAAGAGAACAUCAUACCACCUGUGGAUGAUACCUUUUCCAGGUCCAGAGACAAAAAUGCAGCAAAAAUCAUGAGCAGAGAAAACAUACCUACUAACGACUUCUCUUCUAAUCCAGCUGAAGGAGUUCAUGUACAUAGUCACCAGGAAAUGAAAGGGGAUGGGAUUCUUGGCAUACCAGAAGGCAUGUUCAGGCCAAAGGAGACAGAAAUAGAAUUAGCAGAGCCUAUAAAAGAUCCCCCAUUCACCAGCCAAAAAUGUUUCUCUGAAAAGAAAGUGUUGGAAAAUAUUCCACCAUUUCUCUCUCCUGUAGCUCAGGCAUCUUGUAACAGAGAGCCUCCAAUAAAGGACCAGCAAUCAAGUGUUGAACCUGCAGCUGUUCACAAAAUGCCUCCGCUUAAGCCAAGUCAAGAUAACACACAAAGUUUGGGGAGCACAUUUUCUGACACGGUUCAGAACAAAGAAAAGCUGCCUGAUAAAGAGGAACUAUUUCCUAGCUUUAACAAAAGCGACCAUGCGGGUAAAGCAAAAAAGGAGGUGCUACAGCCAUCAAGAAGCCAAGGUGAGCCAUCUGAUCAUCAGGCACAAAGGGAGCAUUUGCCCAAGGAGCCACAAGCACAUCCAAAGCUGAGCCAACAAAAUAACCCUAGCUCAAACAUAUCAAAACAGACUAUAGAUCAAUCACACCAAACUCCUACUUCAGAUAGGAGCCAGAAAGACAACAAUGAUGUAAAAGGACAUGAUUUUGAAAAAGAGCUUUGCCCUUUGACUGGCGAUUUAGAUAAAUCCAGCUGCGUUAGAGCAGCAGAGAAUACUAGCAAAGCCGAACUGCACUCAGAUAAUGAAAAGACAAAUUCUGAAAACAAGAGCAAAAAGGGAAAUAGUAGCUUGAGCCAUUUGGAUACCUCUCAGAGGCUGCCAGAAGAAUUCAUCAGCCACGAAACUGGCAAUCUGGAAAAUAAUCCUGCUCCUCCUUCUCAAAAAUCCCACUCAUCCUCACUGACCCACUCAGCAAAUCCAGAGGGCGAUACGCCAGAAGUCGACAGACCUUGGUGCAGUGUCGGAAACCUCCAAACCCCAACAUCAAAUGCAGUGAAAAAGAAAGAGAGCUGUAUUGUAAGAGAUAAUGCAGCCAGUCCUAAUUCUGAGAAACACCACCUCCCUUCUCCAGCUGAAUUGCUGAAGCCCAAGGGGGCACCUGGGCAAGACAGCAAACCAACAACCAGCAAUUUGUGCAAUGAUUUAAUUAAGAGUGAAAACCAUGCUGUAGAAGUUGAGAGUAUGAGUCCCCAGACCAGGAAGUAUCAACCACCCUCAACAAAGGAGACUAGAAAGUGUGAAAUUAGUCCUGUAGGGGAGGCAAGCCCCGCGCACAAUGUGGAGAAGCAGCAGGUGCCCUUAGGAAACAAAACUGGGAAGCAGGAAAGCAUGAAAGUGAUGGCAGAAGUAAAGCCUGAGAAAAGCGGAUUUCCCUCCCCAAAUGAAACAGCAAAGCAGGGGAACAGUGAAGGAGGAGAAAGAAAUCUACUGAAAGAAGUACAAUGUCUAAUUCCAUCAUCUGUUGACAGAAAGGAGCAAGAUGACAAGGUAACAGAAGAGAAAAACUCUAUAGUGGGAGGUAAGAAGUUGGUACGUAACUCCAAUAUGCCCCAGAAAUUAAUAAAAAGUGACCUUGCAGAGGGUGGUGGUGAAAGAGCAGGAUCACAGCAGCUGACCCCACCAAAGCAUAAACCUAGCAGGCCGGGAAUGUUACAUUCCCCAAGUAACUCAAAAUGUCAAACGCCAUCAAGAGAUCCAGAAAAAGGUGGAACUGUUGCAUCAAAAGAUGAAAACGCUGCAAAACACCAGCUCUCCACACUCAAAGAACCAGUGAAAUGUGAUGAUAAUGCUAACCAAAGAAAUGCCCUGGAUAGCCUUAAGACCAAGAGUGACAAAAUACCAUUAUCUGCUGAGAAAGUGAAACCUGAAAGCAAAUUAGGGAAGACAAAAGAGAACACUAGUAAUUCUGGGCAAAACCAGUUACCUUUGGAAAAUGAACUUCCAAAGAGUAAAAAGGCUGAGCCAAUGAAACCUGCAGCAGAGAAGUCACAGAAACCAUCUUUAGGUGACUCUAGAAAUGGACUUCCAAAGAGUAAAGAGACUACUGUAAGCAAAUUGGGGAAGACGAAAGAGAACACUAGUCAUUCUGGACAAAACCAGUUACCUUUGGAAAAUGAACUUCCAAAGAAUAAAAAGGCUGAGGCGAUGAAACCUGCAACAGAGAAGUCACGGAAACCAUCUUUAGAUGACUCUAGAAAUGAACUUCCAAAGAGUAAAGAGACUACUGUAAGGGAGAGAGGUACUUUGCGUAACCUUAAGGAACAUCAGAUACCAGCACCAAAUGAAUCAAAGACUGAGCCAGUAAAUCUUGCAGCAGGGGAGCCGCAGAAACCAUCCUUGAAUGACUCUAGAAACCAUGAGGAUAUUGCUAAGAAUGAAAAACAGGCUUCAUGGAAUUCUAAGAACCAGCAGCUACCCUUAUCAGAUGUGAAACAGGAGAGCCAUCAAUAUAGCGUCACAGCAGGGAAACAGCAGCAGCAACCACAACCACCAAAGGAUUAUGUCAAGCCUAAAUCUAGUAUAAGAGAUGGAAAGCAUACGCAUCAUAAAUCUGAGAAGUAUCGUCUUCCUGCCUCAGAUGAACUGGGAGUGCAUGAAAAGAACGCUAGUGAAAGGAAGGGUUCCUUGGCUCCACUUUCAAGUCACGAUAGGACCACGCAAAAGAAGAAAACACCAUGUGAGACUGAUACUGGUCCCAAAUUGGGCUCACCGAACAAAACAUGUCCCGCAGAACAGAGAAAACCACAGCGUAGUCCUCCUGGCAAGUACCAAACUCUGUCAGCAAAUGUGCUAUCAGAGCAAGGAAGUGGGGAAUCUCAAAAACUUGGGGCUGAUGCAGUAAGUCAGAAAGCUAGAUCACUAGCCUUGGAAAAAUACAUAGCAGAAAGCUACAGUGAAGAACUAGUACCUUUGUCUAUUAAACCAAUGGUUGUUCGUGUGAUUGAUACAAUUAAGCUUGAUAACUAAAUGCAGUUCAAAUGACUGGAAUAUAGACCUGAAUUUUUCAUCCUCUGGCCACUGUUUUACUUCAGAGCUUUAAAUGAUGGCAUUGAAAUCACACUGAGUUGGCUGUCCAUUGAUCAGUUUUGGAUUUUAGCGGUCAUUAAAAUUGGUGUCACCUGGAACCUCAAGUAUAUUACAUGUCAACCCAAAAUAAUCAGAAGCCAAUGAUUCACGUAUGGUAACUCUUAGAUGUAAUAACUAUGGGAACAAAAGCCAGGUCAAGAUAUGUGGCAGAAUAAAGUGGCCUCAUGCCACCAUAACACUUAUUUAUGUUAGAAAUAAACAGAUAAGCAGCACAGGAGGCAAAGACUAGACUAGAACCUUUCUUCCAGAUAUGCUUAACAGAGGAAAGUUUAUUAAACCUGUGCCCCUCACCUGGGAGAUGGAAGUGAUUGUGUUUACCCUGCCUCCUCAAUUUGCUGCCUCCUGUUUCUGCUGUAUGGGAACCCUCAGCCAAAAUUAAGCACUUUUAAUGGGGGAGACUUAAACAGUAAAAACAACAAAGAACUAUUGCGGCACCUUAAAGAGCAACCAGUUUAUUGAGGUAUUUCCAUUAAAGCCACAACUUCUUUCUGUUGCUCCAGAGGGCAGGGCAACAAGAAAUGGGUGGAAAUAGCAAGGAAGCAGAUUAGAAGACACUUCGUAACAAUAAGCUAUCUGACUGGCGUGGGCUGCCUUGGGAGAUGAUUUCUUUCAAUGAAGGGGUUGGGUUUUUUGUUGCAUUUUUUUGCGAGGGUAUAUUACAAGUCAAAGCCAUAAAACUACAGAUGAAAAACAAAACGGAAUACAGAGUGAAUGCAGGAAGGAGACAAUGUUACACCAUAAACAAGCAUCCUUAGAUAAGGUGGAGCUGACAAAGUAGUAAUUAUAAUUGUUAUUCUUUGUAAAAUAUUUUGGUGGAGGUUUUUCAACAGAGGCUGAAUCUGUCAAGGUUGCAGCAGUUCAUUCGUUGGGAACCUGUGGAUAUUGCCAGACUACAAAUCACCCCAGACCACUGGCCAUGCUGCGAGAAGCAAAGUUACAGGGAACAAGGCAGAGGGCCUUCUCGGUAGUGGCACCCACCCUGUGGAAUGCCCUCCCAUCAGAUGUCAUGGAAAUAAACAACUAUCUGACUUUUAGAAGACAUCUGAAGGCAGCCCUGUUUAUUUUUAGUAUUUUGUUGAAAGUCGCCCAGAGUGGCUGGGGAAACCCAGCCAGAUGGGCAGGAAACAAACAAACAAACAAAAGUUAUAAUUAUUAUAAUUAUAGGGUUUAUGGUAGUUCAUUUCCAAUACUACCUGGAGGGCCACAUAUUUCUGUCAUGUCAUUGGUUGCAUUGUAGGUUCUGCCCUCAGUAGGGGAUUAGACAAGACUGAGCAGGAGAUUAGACCUCUAAGAUCCUUUUCCAACUCUGAAAUUGUAUGAUUCUAUAAUAAAAGGUGCCAGACUUUAAGGUUUCACAAGUCUUUGCCAGAUAGCUUUCUGGGAUUAAUCAUGAUGGAUGACAGCUUAGAAGAUCUGUCCUUAGGACUUUGCUUUCUUUUCUCCCAGUCUCUCACUUUUUGUGAGAGGCAGCUGGCAUCUUACUCUAGGAAACAGGAUGGUGGGUUAGACAGGUCUUGGGUGUGAAACCAGUGGGGCAUAAAAAGUGCUUAACUUUAGCUGCAUCGUACCCAACGUGUGUUACUCUGCUAAAGGCUGAGGUUAGUGUAUAACUAACUAAAGUGACCCUUUUGAGAGUGCACUUUCUCAUUCUAAUUACUCAUUACUCAUUCUAAUAUAAUGCUAUUUAUUAGUGCUCCUGGAAGGCUAUUCAACCACUGAAAUCAUGCCUGUAUAUACAUUUUUGUGUUGUUUAAAUUGUUUUCAAAAAAAAAGUGAAAACAGUGAUGCGUAAUAGUGUGCAUAAAUAAGACAAGCAUAUAAAGACAGAAGAGGCCUGUAAGAAGGUCUUAACAAUGCUACAAAAUGUAAUAAACCGCAAGUCAUUUUUGAGUAUUGUAAUUAAAGGCUCUUUGUGACAAUUAAAUUACAAAUACAUCUGUUCUACAGGAUGAUACAGUAAAAUCCUGAAUGAAAUAUAUUUUAUCACGGGGAAAAUAUUGAUCAAAUCUCUUGCAGAGGUAAUUUGGUAUCUUCCAUGUGUUCAAUGCAUUCAGAUUCCUGUUUAGCUUUAUCUUUCAACGUUUAUUACAUUCCUCAUUGUGAUCAACCUAUUAAUAAAGAUUUGGAAUGUGGUAAGCAUGCCAGAUCCUAGCACUGCCUGGAAUAUGCAGAAAAGGUGCUGUAGAAAAUGAUGAAAGUCAGUAUUGUGAAAUCUGGAACAAGAAAAAUCGCUUGAAUCCACUGCCUAAAAUUAUGGGACAGAAUAAAGGAUCAUCUUCUUGGUCUCCCUUCUUCCAACUUCUUUGUCCACAAAGGGAGAGUGUCUUGUUUAGGAGCAGAAAUAGGCCCACUUUUCCUGAGAUACUUCUGUAAUGUGAACAUACCAGAAGGAUAAAAAUCCAAGACAGGACCCCCGUGUCACAUUAAGGUCAAGACUUACAGCAAAAGAAUUCUGGUCUACAAAAUGAAACUUGAUACUACAUAAUAAGCAACCAGGAUCUCUGAACUGUCUUAAAAGAAGGUGACUUUCACAAUUCAAAAAGCAAACACCUGUAACCGCUGUCCAAAGAUAUACAUUUUGUCAAGCUCUGGAAGGUUCUGUUUGCUUUUAUCUUUUCAGAUAUUAUUGUCAGAUAUCACAAUAUCUCUUAGAGCAGGAAUAUACUGCACUGAUUUCAGUUAAAUUUGCUUCCAGGUAAUAAGUCUAAGGCUGCAGUGGACUUCUGUGCCUGCUUAGAAGGAAAUAAAACCAUUAAACUCCGUGGAACUUUCACCCUAGUAAAUAAGUUGAGUGCUGGACGGAGCCUCACAGAUUGCUUAUUGGCAGUCUGUGGGGCAAAACUAGAUGUGAUGUUAGUCAUAUGUUUAAACAAGUAUCAUAUAGUUAACCAGUGCUAUUU